AUGGCAGUGCGGGCGGGUGGCGAGGCCCUUCUCCUUCUCCUCCUCCUCCUCCCGCCGCUGCUCACUGCCCUGCUGGAUGCGGAGCCGCCGGGCUCCGGGGCCGAGAGUGAGCGGGCGGAGCCGGCGGAGCAGGGUCUGAAUGCCCUUGAGUCCACAAAACCAGAAUUUGGAGAAUGCACAGUUACAUGUGGGAUUGGCAUUCAAGAAGUUCUGUUAACAAGUGGAUGCCCUGGGGAUGAAGCAAAAUGUAUUGUUGGUGUGAAGGAAUGCCGUGGGCCAGUGGACUGUGGAUGGGGAAGACCAAUUUCUGAGAACUCUACAAGCGUGAUGAUGACUUGUAUUUAUAUCUCUCCUGAAAAUCGAUUUAAAUAUGUUUGGAAGAUGUUAAUUCCAGACAAGCCAGCAAGCAUUCUUCCCAAUGACUCAGCUGUUGUGGUAGUACGCAGAGCUACGCGCUCAGUUACUUACCUGUGUGAAACUCAAGAAAAUGGAAGUAUAAUUGCCUCUGUAAAAUAUGCAGUGAAAGCAACAACUGAACUGAAAACAAAACAACCAAAGGGAAAAGAAAAAGGACAAUCAAGGAGAAGAAGGGCAAGUGCCAUUCUGGUCUUUUGCGUGGUUACUGCAGUCAUUGUGACCAUUGGUGUGAUCUUUGUCAUAAUCUUUAUAAUUCUUCACUGGGCUGUUGUCAAAACUGGUUUGGUUUGUCAAGAUGACAAAUACAAAAAACGGACCAACAAAAGUGCAGUGAAUACCUUGGAAUAA